CAGUGCGCCAGUCUACAACGGGGCGCGUCAGCUGUGAGGCGGGCACGGGUGCGGGCAAGAAGAGUGUCGAGCAGCAGGACAAGUUCAUCUCUCACACCAACACACUUGAGUACUUUGAAAGACACUUAGAAUAUUUAUUGCAUUUUAACUAAAAAAAAAAAAAAGCGUUAUGACUUCUUACUUCAUGUCGUUUUGAAGGAUCGGUAAAUCUCAUCAACAAUGUGUUAUGUCAGUGGUGAAAAAGGUUCUUCAAAUCAUAUCGAUCGAGUGCAGAAAAGAGAAGACUAGUGAAGACUAUCGAAGAUAAGUAAAGGCCAGUGAAGAGCCUGCGGCAGCACACAGGCACAAACAGCUGGCUGCGGCCAGCAACCCGUACGAGAUGCUGCUGCUGCACAAUACAGUUGUCUGUGCGACUACACUUUUGCUGUGCUUCAACUUUUCCAGCACAGCAGAGCAGGCCCUCCAACCUAACACUAAGGUGCAGGCGUCUCUUGAGGGUGAGACACGCCUACCCCAGCAGGGCGGGCCGGCGGGGGCGGCAGCUGCUGUACACCUCACCGCCACAACGCAAGAACCACCGAUCCAUAGACUGGCGGCAGGAGACUCCUCCAGACAAAACAAGGGACGUGAUCAACCAUCAACUUCGGAGGAAAGUGAAAAUAAGGUGCCUCCAGAAGCCAGUGACAACACAAGACAAGGGACGACGGGAAUGAAUGACGGGAGGGCAAGAGCUGCUGGUGAAGGCAGAAAACAGGAAAAGGUUACCCAGGGAGUCAGAGAUAAUCUUGACACACAAGAGUGGUUCACGGAGACGCUCAACGUCACCAUCACCCCAAAAGUCACCUGGACACGCCGCAGAGACCCCCACGGCCCCCCACCCCCCACACAGGAGAAAGAUUCAUCGGAGAAGAGAGGAAAGCGUGACGAGGACGCGGAAGAGCACAUCCUCCUGACGGUUACCUUCAAUAAGGACGGCCAGGCACUCAUCCUUGACCUCCACCCUAACAGAGACUUGCUGACGGCAGCGUACACGGAGUCGAGCGGCGGUGUGGCCGGUGGGAAUGACACACUUCCGAGAGAGAGCAAGGCGCCACCCUGUGAGUACCAGGGGGUGGUGAGGGGCAUGGCGAAGACGUGGGCGGCUCUGUCGGUUUGUGGCGGUCUCAGAGGCGUGGUGUCCGUCACCCUAGAAGAGGGCCAGCAGGUGGAUCUGAUGGUAGAGCCGUCGCCUGGGUCCACCUCUCCUCGAGGACCCCACACAGUGCUCUCCGCCGCCCUUCUCCGCAUGCAGGAUGGAGUUUGUGGCGUGAAGGAUUCCGGGUCACCGGCGGAGACGGAAGAGGAAGCCGAGGACGCCCACCCCACAGCUGAGAGGAGCACCAACGCCUCCUCCUCCCCUGGCCGCCGGGCGCGGCGCUGGGCCCAGCUGAUGGGCGGGCCGAUGUGGUACCAGGGCGACACCAGGUUCGUGGAGUUGGUGCUCGUGGCGGACCAUUCGUUCUUCGUUUCUCACGGCGACCAGACACGAUCCCGCUGCAAGGCCAUCGUCAACAUUGUCAACGCGGUGUACCGUCCGCUGGGCGUGGUAGUGGUGCUGAGCCACCUGGAGGUGUGGGAACACGGUGACAAGAUACCCGUCACGGAGAACUACUCACAGAACCUCAACCUUUUCAAAACAUAUCGCAAGAAGAUGCUGGAGGAGGAACCCGACUACAACAACGACAACACCAUGCUGCUCACGACCGUUGACUUCAACAGCAACACCGUCGGUUUUGCUGUCGUCUCCGGAAUGUGCGGCAUCGCAUUGUCCACGGGCGUGGUGCAGGACAAACCACAACAGCACGUGGGCGUCACGGCCUUCACCCUGGCACACGAAAUGGGACACAACUUUGGCAUGAAACACGAUGAGGAGCAGGAGGACUCGUGUCAUUGUAGAUCCUGCAUCAUGAGUGGCCAGGGCAGUUACAAGUACAAGCCCCACACCUCCUGGAGCUCUUGUAGCAGGAAGGUGAUCGAAGGGAGUCUGAACUCCGUAACCUACCAGUGCCUGAGGAACGUGCCGGAGCGUAUGUUCCCGAUCAGCAGCUGCGGCGACGGAGUGGUGGACGCCGGCGAGCAGUGCGACUGUGGCCCCGCGGAGUUCUGCGACAACCCGUGCUGCGUCGCCAAAACCUGCAAGUUUGCCGUCAACGCUUCUUGCGCCUCUGGUCCCUGUUGCGACAUAAAGACGUGUCAGCCCAAAUCUGCGGGUAUAGUGUGCCGCGCGGCCUUCACGGAGUGUGACUUGCCCGAGUUUUGUUCUGGCGACUCCCAGUUCUGCCCCGAGGACGUCAACAAGAGGGACGGGGCGCCCUGCAACAACGGACAGGGUCACUGCUACGAGGCGAAGUGCGGCAGCCAUCAGGACCUGUGCCACCGCGUGUGGGGACAGAGUGCCAGAGUGGCAGACCCUGUGUGCUACUCAGAACUUAAUAAACGAGGAGGAUCGAACGGCAACUGUGGUUUUAAAGGGGAGGGCAAAACUGAUCUGCUCCCGUGUGCCGACGGAGACGAACGCUGUGGUUCCCUCCAAUGCCUGGUGGAGCCGGGCACGGAACCGAAACGGCUCGGUGCAGCUUAUAACUAUGGGACUUACACUCCUCGCACUUUUCCAAGAGCUAGCUGUUCCUAUAUCGUCUCCUCCGACACCCUCCGCCCCAGCUACUGGCUCACACCUGACGGAGCACAGUGCGGAAAAAAUAUGAUGUGCUUGAAGCAGAAGUGUGUGCGCAUGCCCGAGCCCGCCGGCGACUGCCGCGGCGGAUGCUCGGAUCGCGGCGUGUGCAACAGCCGCAACCACUGCCACUGCGAUCCCGGGUUCGCGCCGCCAGACUGCUCCAAGGAGGGCUCGGGAGGUUCCAUCGACAGUAACAAGAUUGGACGCGAUCGAUACAAAGACCCGUUGUGGGAGACGAUCUUCAUCAUGUCUUUGAUUCUCUUGGGGAUCGCCAUCGCCAUCUUUUGUCUGUGGAGUCACAUCCGCCGAUGGUGGGAGACAGGUGGCCGCGGCAAAAUUUGUCCCUGCUGCGCCCGCUGCCUUGAUAUCUGCUGUUGUUCUCUCAUGUCACUCAUCACCGACCGCCUCUUCGUCAAAAAGAAUAAGGAAGACGUGUCCAAAGAGGCCCAAGACGAGUAUGAGCGAGACAGGAUGAUCUGCCAGGUAGAUCUUGACAUCAAGGACCAACAGCCCAAGACCAAAUCCUGGGGCGUAGCCAGCGAGAUGCUUGUAACGGAGGUCACAACCACGACACCAAAGAACUCGCCAGACUACAGGAGAAAAAUCCUGCUUCCCUCUAAUCACUCUGACUGUCAUUCCAAGACAGUAGAAAUUCCUAACCGUCCGACGUAUAUGCAGUCUGUCUCUGUGGACUCUGGCUGUGUCUCAGAUGGGGACGACACCACCGUGAAGGAUCCUUUUGGCUCACAGAUGUCGAUGAAAAGUUUGCUGAACUUAUUUAAAAAUUUUGGUUCUCGGAGCCCUUCCUCAGCCCCCGAGGAAGAAAACGCGCCGCCCAAGACGUACGAGCGGCAGCGAUCCAUGCCGCUGAGUCGCUUUGUGGUUGACCCACUGGCAGGGAGCCGCCGCUCUCGUCAAGGUACUCCCCCGCCGAACCACCUGAAGUCGGAGUGGCGUCGCUCCAUCUCUAUGGACACAAAGACCAACCCCUCAGAUUGCCCAGGAGGUAAGCCAUUCCCGCCACAGCCACCCACGGGGAAGCUUUCUAAGGGUAUUAGUAGCUUGACUCAAACGUGUAGAUCAACGGAGCAGAAUAUGGCCACGACAAGGGAUGGGCGCUCAGAUGACAACGGGCAAGGCACGCCCAUCCCCGAAGAACAGAAAUCCCUAAGGCCGGCACCUGCUCGUCCACCCCCAGCUGCGCCUUCUACCACACCGUCCCCCACAUCAAAAGUGAGGAAGGUCCUGAUGCCUCCAAGCAAGAAAGAUUUGACAUCGGUCAGUAGAAAGACACAAUCAAGUAGUGAAUCUUCGCCACCAAGUAACAGUUCGUCAAAAACUACACAAGAAAAUAUCAAGGGUCCCCCAAAACGACCAGUCCUGCCGCCAGGUAAGAGAUCCCCAAAGCACUCUGGAGUCACGCCUUGUGGGUCUUCCGCACAGCGAGCUGACGGAGGUUUACAUCGUCCUUCCCCGGCAGGUGGAAGAGUCAAGGACUUGGCUAAGAAAUUAGAAAAGCAAUAACAGUGAUGCAAUGGUCGGCAAACUCUACAAGCAAUCCAGAGACUAGGAGUUUCAAGUCUCAACAUUAUAGUAGAUGGAGGCAAUUUGAUUAAGUGGAUCCCCUCUCAGACUGUAGCCUGUUCAUCCACAUGGCAGGCAACUCUGCUAAAAUGAAGUGCGUGUCUUACAGUGGAUGAAGUGUGGUAGAUGGAAACUUGAUGGAGGGUGGUAUAUACGAUGUCAGGAACAAAACCGUCGGGGUCAGGAUCAGAAGAAUUAAGACUGUGUACUUCAGCCAAUGAUUCGUCGUUGUUGGCGCAUGACGUCGCGUGGGAGACAGCCGUGGUAAGAUCGUCUCUGAUAGGACAGCGGCUCGAGUCUGCCUGUCUCUCGCUCGUCAAAAGAACUGGCUUCUCCACACUGUAAGUUUACUUUCAAUAUCUGUAGCUGACUUUUUUUUACAGUAAAGAAAGCAGCUCACGGACAAAAAAAAAUGAGAGGAAAAAGAAAAGCACUGGAGAGUCGGAAUAUAGUGGAUUACAACUAUGAUGAAAAAAUCUAAAACUGACAAAAAAUAAACGAGAUAAUUCGAGUUAAAUCAACGAUGGGAUAGUAAUGUUUAUGCCAUUUUUUUAUUUCAUACUGAUUAUCUUCAUUAAAUUAUCAAGCUACUACAAUAGCAUUUAUUGACUUAUGACUGGGAAAAUUUUUCUUUCUGAACAUGCUGAUGUUAUCAAAUUUCACAUAGGUAAAAAACGGAGGCGUGAAGAGACAAAAAAAAAAAAAAGAGGAUGCGUGAGUGGGACGUGCAAGCAGGAAAGGUUCGAGGAGAGCGAAGGGUUAAGAGAAGGUGUAGUUUGAGCACCUGUCUUCAGGACGAAAGAGAGGCCUUCCUGGGUCUGUAAUUCCUCCUUCUUACGACUUGAAGACUUUCAUGAGAGCAUCAAGACCUCCCUGACUAAUUUUACCCUCAAUUUUGGCUUCUAUGCCUUCCUCCUCCACUCCUCUUUUCAGUGCCUACCUCCACCUCAUUCCUCUUCUACCUCUCGUUUCCUACCUACCUCUCUCCCCCCCUUUUCAUCACCUCAUUUUCUCCAUCGCUCAGUGCCUACUUCCACCGCUUUCCUUUAAUUUUUCCACUUGUCCCGUGCCUCCAUACUCGUUCCUCUGGUUCACUCUCGCCAUUUCAAUGAAGAUGCUGAUGCUGCUUGUCUUGCCAUGGUCCCUCACCUGGCCGCUCACCAGACACAUGUAUGUGUUUAGUGGACCUUGAGGUGACGUUCUUUCAAGUCACCUUCGAUUGUUCUGGUAUCUGAAAGUUUUGUUCGUGUUCCUUGUACGUUAGUGUGUUACAUGUUUCUUUUACUGUAUUACGGCAACGUUCAAAAUACUUUAUUUUAGGGUACCUUUGUUUUCCUUUUGGCAUUUUUUUUAGCAUGUUCCAUUUGUUUGUAAUUUAAACUGUGUUGUGUGUUUCAUAUAGUGUGUUACUAUGUACUUGAUGUUUCAUUGUGUUGUUUACCUUACCCUGUACCCAGUGUAUUGUGUUGCGUCAAUGUGCUGUGUCAAUAUAUUAUUCUUGUGUGCUGUAU